UGAGCUAUUAUUUAGAAGAAUUAUCAGUGAAGGUGUUGGUAUUUUUUGAUAGAAAUGAGUAUCUAAUGAACAGGGAGUUGACUGAGAACAAGAAAAAUUUCGAUAACCUAGAUAAUAGAGAAGAGAAGUGUCAAUAACACUGGAUGAUCAUACUACUGAUUGGCUGCUAGAGAGCACUCUAACAAAGAAAAUUGUAUAUGCCUGUAAAUGAAUAUGUUUGUGUGUGUCUCUCUUCUUUUUUUUCGUUCUUUUCUUGCUAUCUGUCGUCUUAUACAUCCACACGCUAAGAUAAAAUGUUUCAUACUUUGCAACACAAUACACGAGUCAUUAAAGUACGAUACGAUAUGCUCGUUGCGACAUACUCUGAAACCAUGAUUUGAAUCAAUUUUUCGACUCGUCGACUAUUUUUUCUAAAAAAUCGAAAGUGACUCCUUUUUUAGUUUAAGUCAAAUUAGCAAUAACCUAUACUUAGAUUUAGACAAUAAGAUCUUAAGAGUGAUUCUCUGAGAAAAUCAGUCACUAUCAGACAUCGACGAUGGAGCGACAUUCCAGAAUCCGCUGAUUCUUUGAUAUGUUAUAGAGGAUAUCGAGCUAUGUAUAUCUUAAAAUUUUCAGCUCUAUCCGACAAGUUUUGAUAUCGAAAUGACUUAAAAAAUGGACUGGAUUUUUUUACUAUUUUUUCUCAUUUUCAGCUGUUUUUGCCAGAAUGUCGAGUCACCGCUCUCGAUGCGCCAACAAUGGAUCGAUCUAAUAUUUUUAUCUAUGAAAGAGCUCAUCGAACUCUAUCGACUAGGAUAUUUUUCCUUUUUGGCCCAUGAAAAAAAAAUUUUCUCGAAAUUCCCUAGAAGCGUCAAUAUAGCGCGAUGAUUAGUGUUGAAUUAUGUUGAUCCUCUGGUCAGGUUUCUGGGUAAUUUUCAGAAAAUUUUUUUUUCAUGGGCCAAAAAGGAAAAAUAUCCUAGUCGAUAGCGCUCGAUGAGCUCUUUCGUAGAUAAAAAUAUUAGAUCGAUCCAUUGUUGGCGCAUCGAAAGCGGUGACUCGACAUUAUGGCAAAAACAGCUGAAAAUGAGAAAAAAUAGUAAAAAAAUCCAGUCCAUUUUUUAAGUCAUUUCGAUAUCAAAACUUGUCGGAUAGAGCUGAAAAUUUCAAGAUCUACUUCACUCGAUGUCCUCUAUAACAUAUCAAAGAAUCAGCAAAUUCUGGAAUGUCGCUCCAUCGUCGGUGUCUGAGUCUCUCAGAGAAUCACUCUUAAGAUCUCCAGUCCUGAGUCAAUUUGAUCUCGAUCAGAUCGCUUCAAGGCAGUUCAUUCAUGAUCAAUUUCUUCACAUGUUCUCGGAUAUAAAUGACUAAUCUAGAAAAAGAAUAUAUACGAAAAUGUAUAAAUUGGGUAUACUAAAUAGAAUUGUUUAUAGGUAGUUGUAUGCGCGAAAUAAAACACUGAAUGACUAGUGUGCCGAUAGACUACGAUACAUUUAUGGUAAGAGACAUUCUGAUUGCAACAUAUUUUCGUGGUAGAGUGGGCGAUACUAUCAUGAGCGGCACAUAAAUACGACGCAUUUUAUUUAAGUGGGCUGCUCUAUUCAUUGAUAUUGUUAAAAGAAAUAAUUAUCAUUUUAAGUAAAGAAGAAAGAAAACAAUUAUUCAAUCUCUUGAUGAUUUUGGUUGAUGAGCUACCAUUUUCUGAGAGUUUCUCGUUGGAUGUAGAUGUGAAUAUCUAUCGUAUCUCUUUUUCUUUUGGAGUCUUUUGGUCCACAUGGAUGUAAACAAGGAAAUAGAAGAAAAAAUUGGCAGCUGGGUACGCAUUGAAUAGAAUGAAGUGUGUAUAAUCAUCUGGAUCAAUGUUAUUGUUUUAUAGAUUCUCACUCAUACCGAAAUGAACAUAUAUAUGUAUCAUAAGAAAAAAAAGUGAAUCAUAUGUUUGACUAUUGUUCAGUAAAUUCUAUAGAUUUCUAUUCAUACCUGAUAAUCAAUCAUAUUUUCUUUUUGUUUCUUUAUACUUGGUAUAUUGUUUUUAGAUCAACGACCAUCAAAAAGUUUUUGGGUUAUUUUACGUUUGGUUUUAUUUGUUCUUGUGAUUGAAUUUAUAGAAGCAGUUGAAACAGCACUUACUGUACCGAUUUUAACUUCACUACAUGUAGAUGAAUCGUACUAUUCAAUGGCUUGGCUUAUAAGUCCAAUUCUUGGUUUUUUUUUUCAACCAAUUGUUGGUAUGUGGAGUGAUACAUGUAAAUGUCAAUGGGGAAGACGAAGGCCAUUUAUUCUAGCAUUUGCCAUUGGUGCUUAUAUCGGUAUUGCAUUGUUAUUGAAUAGUACAGAUUUCGGUGAACUUUUCGGUGAUUCAACUGCAUCUGAAACGAUCCCAAUUAGAGCAGUUGUAUUAACAGCUGUUGGAGUUACUUUAAUCGAUUUUUGUGCGGAUAGUGCUAAUGCACCUAUACGUGCUUAUUUGAUUGAUACAACAAAUCCAUCGGAUCAAGAACGAGGAUUUAAUAUACAUGCUAUUCUUGGUUUUGGUGGAGGUUUAGGUUUUAUUGUUGGUACAAUAAAAUGGACACAUAUUUCGAUGUUUAAGAAAGAUGGUGGUGAAUUUAGUGUGAUUUGUUAUAUUGCUACCUUUUUAUUUAUUGUAUGUACAAUAUCAACAUUAACAAGCGUUCGUGAAGAACCACUUAUAGCAUCAUCAUCACGUGAUAAUGGUGAUACAAAGAAUUCAAAUGAUGAUGAUGAACAGCCAGAAAUAGAAAUUGAUGAAAAGCGUUCGUUACUUUCACCGCGUCGAAAUAGUUCACGAUCAUAUAAUUCAUCAAAUAAACCAAUUCGUUCAACAGCAAAUAUAUAUUUUCGUGAUUUGAAUAAACAAGAGGGAUUUGUUGAAAUUGAUUCAGCUAUAGGUGAACGUAUUCCUCAUGAUCAUGUUGUUGAGAGACCAUGUGAAAAUAUUUUAUUUAAAACAUUCCAAAGCGCUCCUCCAGUCACAGCUGCACGAAUAUCAAAUUCCGAUCCAUUCAAUCCUACUACCAUAGAAACACAAGAAUUUGACGCUGAACUACACCGAAAAGCAAAAUUAGUCAAAUUAGGUUUUAUGCGACGUCCUGCAUCUCAAGACAAUGAUGAUUGUGAUGACAAAGAUAAUGUAACAAUUAAAUCAAUGAUUAUCUCAAUGGUUCGAAUACCUGCUCGAUUAUGGAAGUUAAUGGUAUGUCAGGUGAUUGGUUGGAUUGGUUAUUUUGCUACUCAUUUGUACUUUACUGACUUUGUGGCUAUAGAAGUAUAUAAUGGUACAAUGAAACAUGGUAGCGAUGAUCCCGGUUUUUUCCGUUAUAAAUUAGGUGUGACAAUGGGUUGUUGGGGUUUAUUUGUAUUUUCAGCUAGUGGUGCCAUUUAUGCUUUCUGUUUGGAACGAUGGUUAGCAAGCAGAUUUUCUUUAAAAGCGCUUUAUUUUAUUGGUUAUUUCAUUUAUGUACUUGGUUGUACGGUGAAUUUUUUUUUCCAUCAAGUUACUGUUAAUAUUGCAAUGUGUUUUACUUUUGGAAUAUUAGUUGUAUCAUUAAAUACUCUUCCUUAUCAAAUGCUUUCGCAAUUUCAUGCAGAUAAAACAUAUAGAAAUAGGGAUGGAUCAAAACGUGGCAUCGGUAUUGAUUGUGCAUUAUUGAAUAGUUGUCAUUUUCUUGGUGAAUUGAUAGUGGCUGUUUCUUUAGGUCCAUUACUAGCAAAAACAGGUGUAAAUUACUGUAUGGUAAUAGCUGCUGGAUUUACAUUAAUUGGAAAUGUAUGUAUGUUUUUCUUAUUCUAUUUUAAAAAUUGA